AACCCUGUGUGAAAAAUGACAAUUAUUUAUUAUAGGUACACAUUUUCUAUCUGAAAAAAUAAUGUUGAAGUUUUCCAAAUUUACAUUAUUCAAUACGACUCAAUAACACAAAUAGAAAUAUUCAUCGAAGAUUAAAAUGAAAUCUAUUAUUGCUCCUGAGGUUGACAUGCUGAUUGUUGCACGAAGUUCCAGAAAUUCCAGAAAAUCUAUCUUAAAUUUUGCACCUAAAAUUGGCUUGACCAUGGUGAACUAUGCAAAAUUGGAUGACAUUGAUAAUUUCUACCUCGAUUGUCAAAAUUUUAGAGACUACUACCGUGAUCCCUAUAACAAGCUUUGUAGACCGGAGGCAUUUAAGAAGCAUUAUGGAAAAUGUGGACGUAGAGAAAUUGACAGAAAUACGGUUUUACUGAGCUUGCCGCCGACGUGGGUCCGUGAGAAACAACCCGUAGUGUAUCCCAUAAAGUAUGAUCGAGAGUUACGGCUGGACAAAGGUAUUAUAUUAGGUGGACAAUACGACCUUACAUCUUGUAUCAAAUAUAAACGUUGAAUGAUUAAUAUAAUAAAUAAGCUAGGUGCAAAACAUA